GUUAUUACCGUUGUCAACCACGAUUCAAAUGAAGAUAUUGUCGUUUUCAACAUUUUAAUCGUGCAUUACAAUGUCUCAAGGCGGAGAGAAAGCAGAAAAUGGGAGUGAGGUGCAGAUACUUAAUGUCAGCAAGAAAGAUGAUGAUUUCAAGACACCACAGCAGAUGCGAACCCGAUCAGUAUUGCAGAAAGAUGCACAGCCUUCGACCCCCACAUUCCUGGUUCCACCUUCGCCAAGGAUGAAGAAACUGGGCUAUGGAACAGGUGUAAAUGUCUUCCUAAUGGAGCGUUUUUCACCAUUGCGUGGUUGCUACAAAUCACCUUGGGCUGUUAAGAAGAUUAAUAGCAGGUUACAAGAACAGUCCAAAGAAUACUGCAAGAGACUGAGCUACGAGGCUUGCAUACUUAAGUCUCUCAAGCACCCGAACAUCAUUGGCUUCCGCACAUACACCACCAGCAAGGAUGGCACCCAGUGCCUGGCCAUGGAGAGUGGGGAGAAGUCCCUCGCAGACCUCAUAGAAACCCAGCUGGAUAAAGAGCUUGGUCCAUUUUCUCCUCAGAAAAUACUUAAGGUUGCAAAGGAUGUUGCCUCUGCUCUUCAGUAUCUUCAUGAAGACAAGAGGAUACUGCAUGGUGACUUAAAGAGUGCUAACAUCCUCAUCAUUGGGGACUUUAAGACUGCUAAACUUUGUGACUUUGGAGUGUCACUAAAGUUGGAUGAAAAGGGUGUGGCAAUCUGCAAUGAAGACUAUUAUGUAGGGACUGAGUGCUGGUCUGCCCCAGAAGCCAUCAUUGGAGAUACCAUUUCUUGCAAGACAGAUAUGUUUGCCUUUGGCCUUGUUCUCUGGGAAAUGAUCUCUCUCUCCCCACCUCAUGUGGAUAAACUCAGUUGUGAAUCCAUUGAUGAAACUGUUGAUGAAGAAACAAAAUUGAUGUUGGAGAUGGAACGGGAGGAUAGCUUCCAAAAAGCAUUAGGUACCCGGCCUCCCCUUCCUGACGUCAUCUUGGAAGAUGAAUAUCUACCGGUCCUUGAGAUCUUCUAUGCCUGCACAGAGCCUGACCCCGAAAAGAGACCAUCAGCUGGGCAAAUCCUGCAUGUCAUUGAUUGCCUUGAAGAUUUAGAAAUUAACAAGACAAGCAGUGGAGAAUAAAAGAGAGAAAGAAAAAAAAAUGGCAGAAAUGGACAUAUUCCGGAGUGAGUGUGUAUGAAUGAGGCAUUAUUGUAGUGACUGUUUGUUAGUAAGAAAUCUUCUGUAACUUUUGGAAUGCUUUGUUUUAUAUUUGUAUACUCAUUUUUGUUUGUUAGUAAAGAUUUUUCAGUAGGCUUUUGGAAUAUUUUUUUAUUUGUACAUUUGUGUUUUUGUUAAUAAGGAUUCUUCUGUUGACUUUUGGAAUGUUUGUAUUUAAUUUUCAAUCAUAAAAAUGUGUACAAGUUGCUUUUAGAAAUUGAUGUUUAAUUUGCAUAUAAUUAGUAGUUCAUAUCAGAUUAAAUGCCCCAUAUUUUUCUUUAUAUAAUCUGGUAUUCUUUGUAUUCAGAUUCUGUAUCUCUUUUCCUUGAUAUAUGCAUAGAACUCUAUUUUCCUUUGACUUAGUAUCUAAAAUUAUUUUUGUUACAUUGAAAUAGUUGUAUUGGUAGGUCAGAUUACUUUUAGGUUUAAUCAAAUAAUGUCUUUGUAUGGUCUGUAUUUCAAUUCCUACAAAUUUAUACCAUUCCAGCGUUUUCCUAAUCAUUU